AUGACAACUGAGCUGAGCUGGCAUAAGCAAUCAGUUAAACAAAUAGGGGCCCUAUGCUUACUAAUAAUUGCUGCCAUUCUUCUAAGCUUUGGAGAAGGUUCUGGCAGGGAUUCUAGUGGCAGUAACCCAGAUCAAGUUCUCUUUCAUGGAAUCAUUCCUGUUUUAGUUGCUUCUGUGCUCUCUGGUCUGGCUUCUUCUCUAUGUCAAUGGGCUUCUCAGGUUAGACUCCUUUACAUUCCUCCAUUUUCUCCAUUUUCUUUUAUCCUUUCUAUACUGUUCCUUUUGGUGUACGUGAAGAAACACAGCUCAUACUUAAUGAGUGUGGAAAUGUCUAUAGUUGGAAGUCUGUGCUUAUUGGCAAGUAUGUCUAAGUCUCCUGAUGGAGAAGCCAUCAGAUAG